AAUCAGGUAAAUCGUGAUAUCUCGCCAUUUUCCUUCCCGAUAAUUCUUAGUCAGCUCCUGUGAUUAAUUACAGUGCGAUUUAAACUAUCCUACCAGUUUAUCUUCAUUGAAAAUUUCACUGAGUCGCAGCUCACACACCAUUUUUUACAUUGAGGUGAUUUGAACUUUGAUUAUAGAGUUGCCAGGGCAAGAAAUUUGAUUUUCCACAAAAAUUUCCGGUAUGGCGCAAAAUCAAUUGAUGUAAUUUAAAUCGCUGAACAUGUCUUAUUCAAGCGCUAUAUGAAUCGGCACCUCUAAAAUCUUAUCGUUCGUACCUAUUUUGUUAUAUAUAACAUUGAUCUCUCGACAGAUUGGAGAAAAUCAAUGCUUAAUAAGGCCUAAAGUCGAUAACAAUACUCAAACUUCAACAUGGAAGCUGAGUGUCUGCACGAUUUCACGGCUACCGCAAACGAUGAGCUUAGUUUUAGAAGAAAUGACGUUGUCAAGGUUUUAAAUAUGGAAGAGGACCGAAAUUGGUAUAAAGCUGAAUUAAAUGGAAGAGAAGGAUAUAUUCCGUGUACAUACAUUAAAAUGAAACCACACCCUUGGUAUAUACCGAGAACUUCAAGAAGGACGGCAGAGGAUAUACUUCAAGGACGCGCUAAUUUUCCAGCGCAAGAAAAUGGUUGUUUCUUAGUUCGUAACAGCGAAUCCUCACCGGGUGACUUUUCACUAUCCGUCAAGUACAACGACGGAGUCCAACAUUUCAAAGUUCUUCGAGACGGAGUUGGAAAAUAUUUCUUAUGGGUCGUAAAAUUCGAGUCUCUGAACCAGCUUAUAGACUAUCAUCGUUCGGCGUCUGUAUCUCGUUCGAAUACAAUUUGCUUAAAAGAUAUGAUACGAACGACACAGAGGAAAAGAGUUGCGAAAUUUGACUUUACAACAAAUGAACGGGAAGAGCUGGCGUUUUCUCGCGGUGAAAUAAUCACUGUAUUGGAUGAUCAAGAUGUCAAUUGGUGGAAAGGAGAAAUUAUAAGGGGACAGCGACCUUUCAGUGGAUUGUUCCCAGUGAAUUACACGGAUAGUUGUGAGUGA